UUCAGUCUCCUGUUAUCCUGUAACUGCUAAACGUGCCCCUCGAUAUGCCAUAUCAACAUCGUAUGCAUAAUCUAGAGGGUGUGACCAAGUUGAACGACAAACAAUUUUCAUACUUUGCUCAGUCUUCGGAAUGUGAAGUUCCUGCAGGACAUUUAUGUCGACACCGUUAUUGCAUUCAGCAAUAAAAAAGCACAAACUCAUCAAAAAGAAAAGAAACAACAAAUCUAUAAAACUGAACACAAAGAAAAUCACGCAUACGCCAAAAAUGCAAAAGGACUUUUGUUAAUUGAACAUAGCAGUGCUUCAACAACAACAAAUAACGUCGGCGUUUUUGCAUUUUUUUUUACGUUUACGUUUUUUCCCGUUGGCUGCUGCGCCGCCUUCUGGCAAACAAAAAAACACAAUUCGUUUUUCAAAAUGUGCGACAAUUUGAUGUCAAGAGUUUAGAACUCUGCCCCGAGAGCACGACGCGACGCGACGCACGACGACGACGCCGACGUCGACGUUGUUGACGAGGCAACCGCAACGCACUCCAUUCCAUCACCGUCACCCGCCGUCAUCACCAACGCCAAAGCCAAAGCCAUCGCCAUCGCCAUCAUUCAUCCAGCUGCUGCAAUCUGCAUCUCUUCAAUUUGCUUAAGGAGCAGAAAGUGAAUCAAGCCAAUUUACUAAACUAUUAAUCGUCGACUUCCAAAGUCCCGUGUCCAGGAUGGGCGACUAUCAUGAGUUUACGGAUCAGUACAAGGUGCCGGUGAUCGCCAAGUUGCUGCACGCUUUGCCACACUACAACAUCACGUUCCACAAGAUCAACAGCACGUUUCGGCCCAACGAUGAGAUUUAUCUGGAGAGUCUUGGCAUCCUGGGAUCGGUGCCGGCAGCGUUGCUGAUCGUCUCGCUGCUGGGACUGCUCUUCUACUUGAUGACACGCUGCUGCGAUCGGAAGCCACGACCGGCGCACUCGAUCACUAGCUUGAAGGUGGCGCUGUCCAUUGUGACGGUGAUGUGCUGUGCGGCAAUUGGUCUGGGACUCUAUGGCAACGAUGAUCUGCACAAUGGACUGCUCGAGGUGCUGACUGCCGGGCGGAAAGUGGACACGAUGGUCACAACUAUACGCAAUCAGACGCUGAUACUGGAGAAUACGCUAACGAAUCGCAUCCGGCCGCAAUUGGUCGAGUUGGCGGACAUCUUUGAUCAGCCGGUAUCGAAUCAGACGGCGCUCUCCAAGCUCUUUGUCUCGCUCAACAUUGUCCAAGGGAAUGUGACGCUGGCCACCAAUGCGGCCAACGAUAUACGACGACCCUUGAGCGGCAUCUCCAUGACGCACUUUCUCACUCGUGGCGAUCAAUGGGAACUCAUACGCUGGCCGGGCACGGUGGCGACGUUGGCGUUGCUGCUCGUCCUGUGCGCCGUGCUGCUGGUGGGCGUGGCACGGCAUUCCCGAUGCGCCCUCAUAUUGUUUAGCGUUUGCGGUCUGCUCGCUGUCACCGGCUCCUGGCUGAUGUCCGGCCUGUAUCUCUCGUCGUCGGUGGCUGUCGGUGAUUUGUGCAUUAGUCCCGCUGAUUUUCUCGUCUCGACCGCACCCCGUGAUCUGCCCACCAAUGUGCUGUUGCACUACACCCAAUGCGAGCCCGGACACACGAAUCCGUUCACCCAGCGGCUGCGUGAAUCGCAGAAUUCGCUGAACAACGCACGCAGCGCCAUGGCCACCGUGAUGAAGAUCUCGCUGGUGCUCUUCAAGAGCUCCGGCCUGCAACCGAAGUUGGGGGCCGUCAAUGCGGAUUUGAAUAGCAGCGAACGCUUGCUCACACAGCUGACGGCGCUCGUCGACUGCAAGGCGGUGCAUCAGAACUUUUUGGCCGCCGCACGCGGACUCUGCGAGGGCGGUCUGCUGGGUCUGGUGUUGAUGCUGAUAGCCAGCUUCAUAGCGGCCAUAUUGCUGACGAUAAUGGUGUGGGUCGAUUCGCAUACCUGGAUCUAUAUACGCAAACGCAAUGACUAUGCGCAGGUGGAUGAGCCAUCGUAUAUAUCGCAUCCGGCGCCACAGAAUCAUCAGCAGAUGAUGAAUGCGGCACGCACAUUGCCGCGCAAUCAUAACGGGCACUUCAGUCCGCCGGUGAUCAGUGGCUCCCACACGCUGCAGCAUCCGAAUAAGCGACAGCAGCACGAGAUGAUGGCCCACGCUCACAUCCAGCAGAAUAUGCGGGCAAUGGGCACCCACACAUUGGGUCGACUGCCUUCGCAUAAUCACAGCCCCACCCACAUGACUGGUCCCAAUAACGCCGCCGCCGUCGCCGCCGCCGCAGCCGCUUCAUCCUCCGCACCGCCGACGACACAGGCCCAGGUGGCCCAGGCCCAUGCUCACGCCCAGCAGCAGCAGCAGCAGCAGGCACAACAACAGCAACAACUGGGACCGCAGCCCAUCUACUGCCAUCAUCCGCAUCAGCAUCCACACGCCCAUCCCCAUGCCCAUCCCCAUUCGCAUUCGGCCGCCGUUGCCGCCGCAACGCUGCAGCAUCAGCACGCCAUCUACCAUCAGCAGCAGGCGCAAGCUCAGGCCCAGGCGCAGGCGCAGGCCCAACAAUAUGGCACAUAUACGACGGCAGCGGCGGCACAUCAUGCCCAGCAGCAUCAUUUGCCGCCGCCGGGUCAAAGCCAAAUCUAUCAGCAGAUACCGGCGCAUCUUGCCGGCCAGCUGGCGCCCAAUGGCAAUCCGCAUUCGAUUUAUCAGCCGCUUGUGGCGGUUAGCCAGGGUUCCAUUUACGUUUCAAACUUGGCGACAAUGCGACGCCAGAAUAGCCAGGGCGGACCACAAAUACCUGCACACCAUCAUCCGGGUGCGUUGCAAACGCAACCGCCACCCAAUCCUCACCAGCAGCAGCAGCCAAAUCCUCAUUCCCACCAGCAGCAGCAGCAGCAACAACAACAGCAGCAACCGCCGCCGCCAUCGCAGCAACAACAGCAUCCACAUGCGCAUCAGCUAAAGUCGCCCCAACAGCAACAACAGCAGCAGCAGCAGCAUCAACAGCAGCUGCCGCCGGAAACGGAAGUGGUGCCCAUUAGCACAGCCAUGGACACGGCCAUCUAUGAUCGCGACAAGCAGAUCUACAAGUGCUCGACUCUGAGGCAGGGCGGUAAAUUUGAUCCGAAGUAUAAGCCAUCGAUAUUGAAUUGCCCGCUGCCCGAAAUACCCAAGGAUGCGGAGCAACCGAAGGUCGAAUCCAUCUAUCAGCAGCAGCAGCAACAUCAUCAUCAUCAACAGCAGCAGCAGCAACAGGGCCAGAACUACUCCAAAACCUUGCAACGGCCACCGAUGAAGUUGCCACCACAAAUGAAGGCGAUUCCACCGCCACGCAUUGGCACACCCACCUCACCCCCGCCGCCCGCAGCGGCACAGCAGCCCCAACACGCAACGCAGACGCUGUCCGGCGAUGCUGGACAGCAGAAUGGUGGCAACGAGGACACAUCACUGCCGCCGCCACCGCUGGAGGUGCAACAAACGCAUCAGGCUGUCGAUGCCGCCAAGGCACGCUCACAACAGCCAGCCAAUGGCAAGCCUGGCAAUGGCCUGGCGCUGCACAAUGGUGGCGCAGCGAAUGCAGCGGCCGUUGGAGGCCCAAAUAGCGCUGGGGUCAUGGAUGAUGAUGAUGAUCUGCCGCCGCCGCCGCCAGCGAUAACCGAUGAGAGCAACUAUGCGGUCACUGAGCUGUAAGCACAAAGAUAGAGACAGCGAGAGAGCGAUAGAGAGAGAACCAUUUACCUUAUACUAUAUGUGGGAGGAGUGUGUGUUCCUUGGUUCUUCAAUUGCAUCCUAAAAUCAUCCCUUCCUCACCCCUUACCCGAUCUCCCAUACGAUUAGGUCUAGCCAAAGCAAACAUACUCGACUUGCGACUUUUGUAUAUAAACACACCAAUACUUGCAUAACUAUUGUCCACACAUGCACACACACACACACACACACACACAGCCAGAGACAGAUGGGUGCGGUUGCCACAAUUUGUAAAUGUACCAAAACUAGUUAACUUCGUUAUUAGAAUUACUGUUAACGCUUUCCUCACUUCCACCAGACUGUAUCAAUUGGAGAGAUUGCAUUUUGAACUUUACACUUUUGCGAAAAUG